AUGCAAAAACUCUUACUUUUCGUACUUGGUGUGGCUGCUUGCGGCAUGGGUAAGUUGUUAACAGUACUAUUUUUUGUGCCUGAAAUUGUGCUUUAUAGUACUAGAAAUUAUUUGUAGUAUAUAAUACUGUAACAUGCUUUUACCAUGUAGUACUACAUAGUACUGUAAAUUACUCGUACUAUAUAGUACUGUAUAUUCCUCGUACUAUAUAGUACUUAAAAUUACUUGUAUUACAAUAAACUAAUUGUACUGUAUAGUAUUGUAAACUACCUUUACUAUAUAGCAUUAUGUGUCAUUCGUACUAUAUAGUACUGAAAGUCACUUGUACUAUAUAGUACUGUAAACUACUUAUACUGUAUAGUAUCGUAAACAAAUUUUAAUUUAUUGUACCGUAAAUCACUGUACUAUAUAGUACUAGCUAUUAUUCGUACAAUAUAGUACUACAUAAUACUAUAAAUUACUCGUACUAUAUAGUACUAUAUAUUGUACAGCACCAUACCAAACUCAAACUUGAUUUUCAGUGAGCUCCCAAUUCACAUCCGGCAGCAGCUUCUGCGCGGACGAAAAGAACCUGGAGAAGAAUUACGCCUGCCUUCUGGAAGGCGGUAGCAGCUCCGAAGAAUCCCAAGAAUCCACCACAGCUUCCGGCGACCUCGAAGAGUCCGGCUCCGGUUCCGGCUCCGAAGAAGGCAGCGGCUCCAGCGAAGACGUAUCGUACAAGUACUGUCUGCUCCUGAAGUACUUCUACAACAUCGCCGUGGAGUUCAAGGGUGAAGCCGUCUACAGCCUGUGGCUUCAGUGGAUCGAGGAGGUCAACGACAACAUCGUGCUUGACGUAUCCCUGACUUCUGAAGAGAAGAUUUGCGCCAUCUGGAGCAGUUUGGAAGCUUUCAUCACCGUGCACGUCGAGAUCGAAGAAAUCGUGUACUACAUCUACAUCUCGGAAUGGGGAGGCUAUGUCAGAAACUUGGAAGCCGUGUCAGUGUCGUUCGACUCCAGCGUGUCCGAAGCCAUCAUCACGUUGGACGCUUCAGAAGACUGUGAGCUCUUCGACGCUCUUCGCAACCAGACUUCUGGCGAGCUGGCUACAUACGUGGAGACUCUGAUCGAGGAGAUCACCGUGAUCCUGGAAGGCGGAUGGUCGUACUCAUACGAGCUGGUCCUGAUCUACGAAAAGAUCGAGUCCUUCCUCACCACCUACUCCCAGUACAGUGCCCAGUUCUUGGCCAUCGAGAUCGAGGGCUACGGUAGCGUGUCAUCCUUCUACGAGGUCACCGCCUUCUACUGGCGCGCCUACAACUUUGACAUCGCCGUAGGCGGAUCCACCAGCGACUGUGCCUUGAUCCAAGUACUCACUCAAGCCUAUCAGAACGAGAGUAUCGGCUCGACCAGCGAACGUGCUCAGAUCAAAGAGUUGGUCGAAACGUUGACCACCUACUACGAGUCCAACACCGAGGUCAGCGUGCGCAUCGAGUACUUCUACACCCAAUUGUACCAGUUCUUGAUCAUCCAGGAGUGGUCGGUGGAGAUCAUCUACAGCCUUGAGAUCAGUGGAUACGGUGACUUGUACGAGCUCAUCUACGCUUAUGUUCUGGUGAGUAUGGCUAGUAUUAUAGGAGUUUAUGGUACUAUAGAGUACGGUACAGCUUUUAUAGUACUAUAGAAUACGAUGCAGUUUCUAUAAUACUGUAGAAUACGAUACAAAGCAUAUAGUACGAUACACCUAUAGUACUAUAUAGUACGGUACAAAAUCAAAAUUUAUAGCACUAUAAAGAAUGGUACUGUAGGUAACAUAUGACAUAAAUACUGAACUUACUGUACUAUAGAGUACAGUACUGAUCAUAUAGUAUGAUACAGAACCUAUAAUACUAUAUAGUAUUGUACAAUAUAAAAUAUAUAGUACUACAAAGUAUGAUAUUUUAGGUGACAGUACCAUACCAAUAUGACAAAAUACUGGACUUAUAGUACUAUAUAGUAUCCCCACAGUAAUCCCGCAAUUUCAGGAAGUCAACCUCGGCAUCAGCUUCGAAAACAUUGGAGGCUCCACCACCGUCGAAUCCUCCAGCGCCGGAGCUUCAUGCUCAGAUGUCACCGAGAUCAACGACUUCAGCGCCAACACCACCGACCUCCUCACCUCCAUCACCGAAGCCCAAGAAUCAUGGAACUCGACCGAAAUCCAACGAUUCGCCGCUUACAAGGAGAGAAUCUACGUCGUGUCCAGCAACACCAGUGCCACUUUGGUUGAACGGUACCAGUCCGUGUACCAAGUGCUCACCACCUGGACCACCAACGAGUUCUACUUAAACCUGGUCGACAGUAUUCAAAUCCUCACCUGGGGCGGAUCCGUCAGCCAGGCCUGUGCUUGCCACGACCAAGUUGAAUAA